AGCCUUUUUUUUUUUUAAAUCUAGUUACUUUUCCGCUUUAUUUCCCCCCUCCACCAGCCAGCAUUCGAAUGACUUUCUAACAGAGUUGAGUAAUAUUAUGAAAGUUACAUGUCUGAGAGGAUUUAACUUCGACUUCCCUGAAUAUGCUGAAAGGAGUUUAUGCACUGAAACGACCUCAGGAAAAUCCAAGAUGGCCGCCAAAAGGAAAGGUGGCCUAAAACUCAAUGCUAUCUGUGCCAAGCUGAGCCGCCAAGUGGUGUACGAUAGCAGCUCCCAGAAUGCAGAAGGAGACCAGAGUGUAGCAGAAAACAGCGAGCGUGGUAGUUCUCACUAUGAUGACAAUGAGACCAACUUCCCCGAGAGUCUGAGCCUAAGUCAGAGCCUCGAAGAGGACCAGAAGAGACGUGAGGCCAUUGAGAAGUGGGUCAACGGCGAGUAUGGUGAGGAGCCACCAGUUCCUGAUGAUGAGCAGGAGCCUGAACUCAAAGCCAGUAAUGAUGAAGAUGGCCCUCCUGAAGGCGUCUACAUGGUACAGCCUAAAGGCUGCAGCGAUGAGGAAGACAAUGGUGAGGAGCCUGAGGCUGCCGUGGGGUCUCAUGAUGGCAGUUACCAUGACGACAAAGAAGCUGAAGACAGGCUUCCAAAAGACAACAGCUACAUGUCGCAAAGUGAGACCCAAAGUCGCCAAGCACCUUUCUCCUCUCCAGGAGAAGCAUCUGCACUGCGAGACUAUGCAGCCAACACCAUGAACGAGUUUCUAGGAAUGUUUGGUUAUGAUGACCAGCAGGUGAGGGAUGAGCUGACCAAGAAGAUCAGCAUUGAGAAGCUCAAAGCCGCUACCUCAGACACGUCAUCCCUCAGCAGCGAGGUCUCACGGCGUGCCCACCUCUCCAAGUACGAAGAGUACAUUCGCAAGCUGAAAGCUGGCGAGACCCCACCUUGGCCCAUGCAUGCUUCCCCACCCAAACCGGACGACCUCAACUCAAAACUGACCCAAGAAAAGAGUGCUACCAUGCUCCAGAUCUCUGGACGCCUAACCGGGGCUGAGGCACCAAUCUACCCCUCCAGCAUGGACCACAAACAACCGGUGGCACCUCAGUUGGGUAAUUCUCAGCCCUCCAAUCCUUCUCACAUGCAAAACAUAGCCUCCCGACCCUCCAAAUAUGACUUCUAUAUUCAGAAGCUGAAGAUGGGUGAGAGUUUACAGCAGCAGAACGGUAACACUUACAAGCGACCCUCUAAGUACGACCUGGAGAACGUCAAGUUUCUGCACCUCUUCAAACCCGGUGAGGGCAACCCUGACAUGGGUGGUGCCAUCGCCUUUAAGACAGGCAAAGUGGGCCGCCCUUCGAAGUAUGACAUCAGAUCAAUCCAGAAGCUAAUACCAGGAAACCCUGAAGCACCGCUGAUGCCCAAUGUUCUUGUCACGACGCAAGGGAACACUGGAGCUCCUGGUGUCCCCACUGUUGCUGCGGCUGGGGCCAGCAUCGCCCCAGGGCUCACAGUGGACCAGGCAGGACACAUAAGUUUCAAUGCUGCUGAUUACAUAAAAUCCAGCUUUUCCAAGACUGACUCCAUCACCACAGGCACAGUGUCCUCCGUUAAGAAUGGUCUGCCACCAGAUAAACCUGCCAGUGACGACAUCAACCUCUACCAGAAAUAUAUUGCCAGAUUUUCUGGAAGUCAACACUGCGGUCAUGUGCACUGUGCCUACCAGUACAGAGAGCAUUAUCACUGCAUGGACACUGACUGUAACUACCAGGUCAGCAGGUUUACCAGUAAGCAGGAUGUAAUCAGGCACUACAACAUGCACAAGAAGAGGGACAACUCCCUGCAGCAUGGCUUCAUGCGCUUCAGCCCUCUGGACGACUGCAGUGUCUACUACCAUGGCUGUCACCUCAAUGGAAAAAGCACCCAUUACCACUGCAUGCAGAUGGGUUGCAGCAAGGUGUACACCAGCACCUCGGAUGUCAUGACCCACGAGAACUUCCAUAAAAAGAACGCCCAGCUGAUCAACGACGGCUUCCAGAGAUUUCGUGCCACGGAAGAUUGCGGGACAGUGGGGUGUCAAUUCUAUGGCCAGAAGACUACACACUUCCACUGCAGACGCCCAGGCUGCACAUUCACUUUCAAGAACAAGUGUGACAUUGAGAAGCACAAGAGCUACCACAUCAAAGAUGAUGCCUACGCCAAAGAUGGCUUCAAGAAGUUUUACAAGUAUGAGGAAUGCAAAUAUGAGGGCUGCGUGUACAGCAAAGCUACCAAUCACUUCCACUGUAUCCGCUCAGGCUGUGGCUUCACCUUUACAUCCACCAGCCAGAUGACCUCCCACAAACGCAAACAUGAGCGUCGGCACAUCCGCUCCUCUAAUGUCAUGGGCCUCUCUUCCACCUUCUUGGCUCCAAAAGACGAACCAGAGGAAUCCAGCAACGAUGACCUGAUGGACUUUUCAGCCAUCAGCAGCAAGAACUCCAGCUUAAGUGCUUCACCUACAACCCAGCAGUCCACCACUGUACCGCACUUGUUGACCACACCCACCACUGUCUCCUCCUCUUCUAUGUCAAGCCACACGCUCAAGCCCACGCCGUCACUGCCCAGCGCGGGCCAACGGAUGUCCAACCUGCUGACUCAGGCCUUGCCCAGCAAUAUCCCAGUAGCCCUCGCUCUUUCCAACAGCGCUCUUGCCACCUCCAAUCCAUUCUUCCCCCUCAUGCCCAGGCUGCCUCUUCAACCACCAGCCGCCAGCCUGACAUCAGCUGCAUCUUCCGGAGUCCACUCCAUGCCCACUGAUUCACUGAGCCAAGGUUGCUCCACUGUGGGGGGAGAUGCAGUCAUGGCAUCUACUCCAACCUCCUUUGCCACCUCCUCUAUCAUGGAGAAGAUCUCUGCCAGCAAGGGCCUGAUAUCACCCAUGAUGGCCAGACUGGCAGCUGCCGCCCUGAAGCCCUCCAACAACCCAGAUGCAGGGAACGGGCAGCCGGCUUCAGCCAACCAGUUCAAUCUGGUUCAAGUGAAGCAGGAGCCACUAGACGCCAACUCUGGGGUUUCCCAGGACUCCACGCAAGAACAUAGCCUAGACCUGAGCAAGAAAGACCACAGUAAUGAAUCAAACGGACACCCUGUACCAGGGAAUACAUCUCUUUUAUCCUCGCUUAUGAAUAAGAUGCAGAUGAACCCUGCCCUUUUAAAUGCUGUGAACCUGAAGACGGAGCUGGAGGGAGGCCAGGGCAACGACACUUCUGAGGCAGCUCAGUAUCUGAACCGAGUGCUGAAGAGGCCCCUGCCAGAAAAACCCUCUGAGAUCUGGAGAACAUACCUUCGCAGGUUUGACACAGAUGACUUCUGUGAGGCUCAGUGUGACUUCCUUCAGAAAGUGCACUUUCACUGCAUGGUAGAGGACUGCGGUGCACUCUUCAGCACCGUGGAUGGGGCCAUAAAACACGCUAACUUCCACCUCCGAGCCACCUUGAAAGUAAAGUCAGAGCCUCCGUUCACUGAUGGCAAGGAGUCCAGCGAGGCAGCCUCGCUGCAGCCUGUUGCCCCUGUUUCUAUGGCCAACAAUCCCUCUAUGGAUGUGGCACACCUCACUCCCUCUGGCGGCUACAACUCACCUCCUCCCUCCCUGCUGGCCUGGAAGCAGUUGACCGGCAGCAUCCCUCAGAUGCCAGCCUCGAUGCCCAAUCUGCCAGCAAACUCCCCUUUGGCUACCACCUCUCUGGAGAACGCUAAGCCACAAGUCAAACCUGGUUUUCUGCAGUUCCAGGAAAAUGAUCCCUGCUUGGCUACUGACUGUAAAUACUCUAACAAGUUCCACUUCCACUGCUUGUUUGGGAACUGCAAGUAUGUGUGCAAGACCUCUGGAAAGGCAGAGUCCCAUUGUUUGGACCACAUCAACCCCAACAACAACCUGGUCAACGUCCGUGACCAGUUUUCCUACUACUCUCUUCAGUGUCUCUGUCCCAACCAGCAAUGUGAGUUCAGAAUGAGGGGCCACUAUCACUGUCUGCGACCUGGCUGCUUCUUUGUCACUAACAUCACCACCAAGCUGCCGUGGCACAUCAAGAAGCACGAGAAGGCAGAGCGCCGUGCCGCCAAUGGCUUCAAAUAUUUCACCAAGAGGGAGGAAUGUGGGAGGCUGGGUUGUAAGUAUAACCAAGUCAACAGCCACUUCCACUGCAUCCGAGAGGGUUGCCAGUUCUCCUUCCUGCUGAAGCACCAGAUGACCUCACACGCACGCAAACACAUGAGGCGGAUGCUGGGGAAGAACUUUGACAGAGUCCCAUCCCAGGUGUUGCCGCUUGGCCAGAGGGGGGAUGAUAUGCAGCAUGCAUCCGGUAUGGUGUCUGGGCCCAUGGCAGCCCAGCAUGGCAUCACCUCCAGCUUCUCCACUUGCAUAGAUGAAACUGAUGACUAUAUGGACUACAUGGGAGCAGGAGGCAGCCCCUUGGGCCUCUCUUCUGAGUCCUCCAACCAGGACCGAAGCUGCACUAGCACACCUGUAGGCAACGAUAGCUCUCCAGCAGGACAAGGCUACCCCACCACCACUUCUGCUCCUACCACCCCUGCUGACACUAGCGCUACCCAAAAUGCACCUUCUUCUUCCCCUCCUCCUCCUCCGCCACCACCACCACCACCACUGCCACCACCUCCCUCCGCUCCUCAGCCUGGCCUCCAGUCCCAGGCCACAUCUCUCUCUCCUGCUCUCCUUCGACCUGCUCUCCCCUCACUCCCAUACCUCCUUUCUCCAUCCUGUCUGUCAUACUCUCUGCUCAGCGCCUCUCUGGGAGCCACUCGGAGUGUUGUCAUGCCAACCAACACACCAGCUUUCAGCCCCAUCAUUGCCACUCCGUCUUCGGUUAAAAAUGACGUCCCUAUAGUGCAGGAUGCUGCAGGCAACACCAUCUCCAUUCCCACAGCCACUGGUGCAAAGAAGCGCUUCUGGAUCAUCGAGGACAUGUCACCAUUUGGCAAGCGCCGCAAGACAGCAUCAUCGCGUAAGAUGCUUGAUGAGGGGAUGAUGCUGGAGGGCUUCCGGCGCUACGACCUGUAUGAGAACUGCAAGGACGCAGGCUGUCAGUUUUCUCUGAAGGUGACCCACUACCACUGCACUCGUGAGAACUGCGGCUACAAAUUCUGCGGCCGCACCCACAUGUACAAACACGCACAGCACCACGACCGCGUGGACAACCUGGUCCUGGACGACUUCAAGCGUUUUAAAUCCUCGCUUAGCUGCAACUUCCCUGACUGCCAGUUUUCCGGCAACAGCACCCACUUCCACUGUCUCCGCUGUGGUUUCCGCUGCACUGACAGCACCAAGGUGACGGCCCAUCGCAAGCACCAUGGCAAGCAAGAUGUGAUCAGUGCUGCUGGCUUCUGCCAGUUCAGCUCCAGUGCUGACUGUGAGGUUCCAGACUGCAAAUAUAAGCUUAAGUGCUCACACUUCCACUGCACCUUCCCUGAGUGUAAGCACACAGUAGUGGGUAUGUCCCAGAUGGACUCCCAUAAGAGAAAGCAUGAGAAGCAGGAGCGGGGUGAGCUGCCAUCUGUGUCACCAAAACAGGAAGGAGUGCACCACUUGGCAGGAAACGUGGCGGCGGUGGCUCCCUCCUCCAUGAGUCUUUCUACUUCCUCACCUGGCGGCCUCCAUGGGCUGUCCCACAACAUUAACAGCAGUGCUCCCUCCAUGCUCUACCAGACGGGUGGCAUCAGUUCUGACUAUAACCACUCAUACCCACUGUCAUCCAUCAACCUAGAUAGCUCCCUCAAUCUGGGCACUGACACCAGCAGCUCCCUGUUCUUCCUGAAGAACGCAGCAGGUCUGGGUCUCAGCGACUCGCUGGACCUCAGCAAGAAGGUGCACCACAAUGCCAUGCGAUUAGGCCACAAUCUCACGCCCCAUCUGGGUCUGCCUGCAGCGCAGGACGACACCACAGGGACAUCUGGAGAGGCUGAAGAUGACAUGUCGCCAGAGGAAGAGGCACCUGCAGAAGAAGAGGAUGAUGACGAUGAGGAGGAUGAGGAGGAAGAGGCAGAGGAUGAUCUCAACUCUGACUCAAAUGAUGAUUCGGCGGCAGAGCCUGAUGGUGAAAAGGACAACGGUGAGAGUUUUGAUGCUUCCGUUAACCAUAUUGAUACUUCCCAAUUGAAAAAGCAAGACACUGACCCAUAAAGAAAAAAAACUGAAAACAAAGAAAUAAAAAAACCCAACAGUGACUGUAGGAGCUGCAGAAAAAUCCUGUGUACUAUGAAUUAACUAAAAUGAAAGUGGCCUCAUUCAUCAUGCUUAUAGACUUCAAGUGACAACAAGAAAACAACAGCAGUGUGGAAAUAAUGACGGCCUGAAAUGAUUUAUCAUGAUGUUUACAAGAUGACCAACAUUAUUAAUUCAAUUAUGCAUUAAAAAAUAUGAACGGAGACACACAGAGUUAGGCCCUGUUUUACAUGUGGGGCAGCAAUGUAAAGCAUUUUACUACACAUCAGUCUUUUUGUGUGAGUGCAUGUUUGACUUUAAUUUAUUUUCUUUUUUUUUCACUUUUUUGUGUGUGAAAAAAAACAUGUUAUAAAAACAAAAACAAAUCUCUAUAUAACUAUAUAUGUAAGUGUGUGUGUGUGUGGGUGGGUGUAUGAACGAUGAUAUACAAAAAGGAAAUUGCUGGCACAGGCAACAUGAACUGCAGGGCCAUGGAUGCAUAAAAAAGGGACAUGAAUCACUAAGGGAAACAGGAUGUGUUUCAAACAUUUAAUCUUUUUCUGUAUUAUUAUUAAUAUUAUUAUUAUUAUUAAUUAAUAUUAUUAGACACACAGAGAAAAGGGAUACAUUUCGUUCCCAUAUCUUUGGUAUACUUGUUCUCAGUGACACAUGGAAUUGAUCGGUAACUGUUUGGUCAGUCUCAGCUGCAGUCAGGCAUCCAGCAAGCCGCCAGCCUCAACAGUUCUCAACAUUUGCUUGAAGCGUUCAGCUAGCACCAACUCCAAGCAUUGUAAUUUAACCCCAGUCCCCCCCCCAACCCUCACUGUGGAGGAAUCAAGUUUGUGCGUGGAUAGUGCACUUUUAUAUUAGCUGACCAUGAUGAAAAACGUUGAUGAUAGAAAACUUUUGAGUAUAUUUAAAAAUAUUUUUGUUACCAUUUGCAUCUUUGCAUUAAAAUGUUUUGUUGUGUUGUCAGUCAGAAGCAUAUCGAUCUGUAAGCAGGCGAGGUUGUAAUUAAUGGUUGGGGAUAAGUAGGGGUUGGGAGGGAGGGGGUGUUCCGACUGACCAGAGGAAACGAUGAGUCACUCAGAAGAAGUGGGUUGGACGACAAAGGAAGCGUCACGGAGUGUGUGUUCUUUUUUUUUUUUUUUUUUUUUGUUGAUGUUGUUGAAUAUGUACAGACCGAAAAUGUCUCAAUGGCAUUUUGUUUUCCAUUCACUAUGGCUGUGGUUGAGCUCCUGUUGUAACGGUUUUUAUUUAAUAUUUAUGUGACCUUCCAAUGAGAAAUUUUUAGGGUGUUAUUGCACUUUUUAGGUUCAUUUUUACCGUCUGAAAAAGAAAAAAAAAAGAAUGAUAUAUAUCUUUUAACAGGGAAUUUGCUUUAAAGAUGUUGUUUUAGUUCACUUUUUUGCUUUGAUGCACAAAUAGAUGUUAGUGUGACAACAAACUGUUGUUCUGUGGUUUAUUUAAAGGUUUUUAUUUUUGCUUCUUCUGUGAUUGGACAGUUUGAGAUUAAAAAAAAAAAGAAAAAAAAAAAAAGAAAGGAAGUGUGGAGCGCAAGGAAAAUGACGCCCCAAUACAAAACACUAAUAUGGACUGUGAUUUAAAUUAAUUCUUCAGAAAUUCAUAGCAAUGUCACUUACUGUAGAACUAAAUUAUAAGUAUGUCAAACCACCCUCUGGUUUCUAUUAGGCAAAUAUGUACAACUGAGGAGUCGACACAGUGAAUUAUCUCCUGAGCUUGGCAUUGGAAAUAAAUGAUCCUAACAUAGGGAAUAAUGUGUGUUGAUGGUAUUCCACCAGAAACUGUUUUGAAAAAAAAAAAAAAAAAAAAAAAAGGUUGUACAGUAUUUUCCUUUGUAAAAAUAACUAUAUACGAACAAAAUGCUUUGAUGAACAGCUUCCUUUAAAAAGAAAACCCUAAAAAGGAGAAAUGAAUAAUAAAAAAGUUAAAAAUUCAAAUAGCCUCAUUAUAGUUUGCUUGUGUGCGUGAGCUUUUUCUUUUUUCUUUCUUUUUUUUGAAAUAACAAACAGAGUAAAGCAGCAGCAGAUUCCAUUUUUUGUAUUUUUUUUUUAUUUAUUUAUUUUUUCCAAAGUCUGUCAGAAGCUCAAACUCAAAUAUACUGAUUUGAAUUUAUUUAAUUGUUUGGGUUUUUUUUUUUUUUUUUUUUUAAUUUAUUGACUACCUUUAUGCACUGUUGUUUUUCUGUGUGUGUUUGUGUGCAUUACUUUUACUUUUUUUCUUUAAGCUCAUUAAUUGAAAUUUUUGGUUUGUUGUUACUUUGCUGUGGGCAUGCUGUGCUCACAGACUGAACUGUCCCCUGGGACAUUGUUGCAAAGCAGAGUUAUCACUGCAUUUGUUCUGUUCUCUCGUCAUUUGCUGAGAUAAACUGUAGGAGCUGGGAGACAUCAAGCACUUGAAUUUCUUUUGUGUGUGACUGUGUGUGUGCUUGUGAGAGUGUAAAAUAGUAGGAUCUGUAAAAAGUUUAAAACAUAAUUUUUCUGACAGUGAACAUGCAGCACUUCAUCGGUGGGCCGGCCUGAGGACAGUACGGAGCACGUGUAGAGGAGUUGCUGGAUAACAACAGGGCAGAGGGUCACAAAAGCGCUGUGUGUCAGCCAGUGAUGCUGCUGAAGUGUGCGUCUCUUCCUGAGAGACACUGACAGCAUGCGUGUUUCAUUUUCUGUUGCUCAGAGCUCCACUUCAGACCAGUAACCUCAUCAGGUUGUACUUCAUUUUCCCACUCUGCCCCUAAAAAUCCAACUUGGACACAGCAAAAAGCAUCUGCCUUCCUGUAGCUACAUUUCUUGUCGGGGGUUGUUCUCUCUUUAUGUUCUGGUUCAAGAACCUGAUCAGAACCAUGGGCCAUUAGGGAGAUUUAGAGGUCUGCCACUGCUGACAAGAUAGUCCUCUGCAUCUCGCUCACUGGUAACAGGGAACAUUUAUUAUGAUUAUUUUAUUUUAUUUAGUUUUUUUAUUUGCCCUGAGCUAUGUGCUGGGUUCUCCUCCCUCAUGUUACCUAGUGGCCAUGUGCAGACUCUAUCCCCUUGUCUACAGCUGUUCUUGUCUUUCCUUAUUCCCUUCCUUGUGAUGUUUUUAAUAAAAUAAAAUAAAAAAAAAAAAAGAAAGAAAAAACCAUGGGUAAAGGCAU